AUGUUUCCGUCGGGGUGUUUGACAUUGAAAUUGAAGGUGCCGCGGGGGAUGUCACCGUCGGGGUGUUUGAGGUUGAGAUUGAAAGCACCGCGGAGGAUGUCGCCGUCGGGGUGUUUGAGGUUGAGAUUGAAGGCGCCGCGGGGGAUGUCACCGUCGGGGUGUUUGAGGUUGAGAUUGAAGGCGCCGCGGGGGAUGUCACCGUCGGGGUGUUUGACAUUGAAAUUGAAGGUGCCAUGGGGGAUGUCUCCGUCGGGGUGUUUGACAUUGAAAUUGAAGGUGCUGUGGGGGAUGUCACCAUCAGGGUGUUUGAGGUUGAGAUUGAAAGCACUGUGGAGGAUGUCGCCGUCGGGGUGUUUGAGGUUGAGAUUGAAGGCGCCGCAGGGGAUGUCUCCGUCGGGGUGUUUGACAUUGAAAUUGAAGGUGCCACGGGGGAUGUCUCUGUUGGGGUGUUUGUCAUUAAAAUUGAAAGCACCACAGAGGAUGUUGCCGUCGGGGUGUUUGAGGUUGAGAUUGAAGGCACUGUCGGCAAUGGCCCCAUCAGGGUGUUUGACCUUGAAAUUGAAAACAUGA